GUCUUUAUGUUUUCAGAUUUUUUUGACAAAAUUUUCAAAACAUAAAAAAUAAGACGGCCGUCAAAGGUUUCGGUGAUCGGGAAUUGCAAUGGGAGGAGGAGGAGGAGGAGGUGGAGGAGCAAUUAACGAAGAGCUGACCGAAGAUGAGAAGAGAGCUCUGAGAGGAAGCAAAUUCGCUCCUCUUACUUCUCUUCCCUCUUCUUCUCGCUCUAAGCCUCUCCCCAGAUUGGCUCAUCCAGGUGGACCCUUGAAGACGAACAAAGCGGCGGCUUUAGCCAAGUUUAUAGAGAGGAAGCUGCAAGAUCCUAAUGGGUUAGCUUCCAUUAAUCCGGAUCUUAUUGAGUUAGCCGUCAAAAACGCCAAAGACACUGUUAUUUCGAGUGGGGCGUCUAGUUCAGGAAGGAGAAUCCAACACGUUGCCUCAUUCGAGGACGUCGAGGUAUCUUCUGAUGACGAUAAGAUAGAGAACACUAAGCUUAGCAAAAAGAAAAAGAAGAAAAACGCAAAGAAGAAAAAAGAUGAGAAAAAGAAGAAGAAAAACAAAAAGCAUAAGGUUAUCUCCCUCACUCCCUUUUUCCUUAUCUCAUCUUUCUACUUGCUUUUCGUUUCCCCCACACAGAUUUUUGUAAAGUCUGUUUACGUUACUUUCUGGAUUCCAUCGUUCAUAUCUGCGUGUGGAAAACUUUUUUGAAAGGGACAGAUCACAGUCGAUGAAGAUGCUAAGUUAAAGAGACCCAAUAAGAAGUUGAAGCUUUAAUUUCCUUUUUUUGGCUAUACGUUACUGGGUGGUUUAGCUAGGUCUUCAGCAGAACAAACUCAAUCACUGGUAUCUGUUGGAUCCAAAGAAUCUGUUACUCCGAUGGUUUUAGCUAAGAUUAGCAUCAUGAUCUUUCUUCUUUAUGUCGAUUAGCUCUCUCCGGAGUCAUUUGGUUAAAUCUGAAACUGGAGUUGUAUGUGAUAUUAGAACAAAUAGCUUCAUGAAUCUGAAAUUUGUAUUUUUUGGUUGGAACAUCAAUUGAAAGUGUCUUUAACCUUUUAGAUCAUAGUUAUGAGACCAGUUCCAAUUA